AUGUUCCACGUCCUAAUGGGCGUGCUAUGCGGGGGGAGGCUACAAGCCUUCGUAAUCGACCCAAACUUGGGUGGAUAUACUGGCAUCUCUGGGCUGAAGCGUACCCUCCCCCGCCUUCCCGAUCCGCAUACUAUCCUAACGGCGGAACAGCUGUACUGGUCUCCGAGUGGUGUGGCGACGCUCGUCGCAGGACCGAUCGGAAGCGCCGUCGUCGGGUUCCUCUAUAUCUUCGCGGGGUUCGAUAUCGUCGCGUCCAAAAUAGCAAGCUUUACCAUUGCCCUGGGGCUGCUCGUUGCUGGGUGGUAUGGCCUGCAUUGGAUCACGUAUGUCAGCGUGGUAUGCUCCGAGGCCGUGCUUGUUGGAAUGUGGUUCGGAUCACACGGCAGCGCGCUCCGUUUCCUAGGCGUAAACCACCUCUUCUACUCGCUGUGGGAUUACCUCGAAGAGACAGUGUUUGGCAAGACCAACCCGUCUGACUGCCAUGAGCUGCAGCGUCACCUCGGGGUACCGGCUGAAACGUGGCUCGCUCUCAUCUUCCUCUUUGAGGCGCUCGUCUUCAUGGCGGCCAUCAUGGCUGGCAUCGUCGUGUUCAAGAAAACACCAGAACAGAUGUAUGCCGACGCCGCUGGUUUCCUCCCGACUUAG